UCAAAAUCAGAGAGUCCCAUCUUUUUAAUUUUAAAUGGCUUGCAAAAUUUCAAAUUUCCCGGCUUCUGAUAUAUGUGACUCUGAAUGGCUGAAUUUUAUACCCUUUUCGGGAUUCAAGUACACGAUUAGGAAAAUGGCUGACUCUACAAAUGUUGGAGCUACCCUAACUAAUGGUAUAAAAGAUCCUAUUUCGCGUGCAGCUUUGCAGCCCACUGCUGACUAUAUUUUACAGAGGUGUGAGAUGAAACCAUUGGUGGGGAUCAUCUGUGGAUCUGGAUUAGGUGAGUUAGGAGAUCUGGUAACUAAUGCGACUAAUCUAAACUACAAUGAUAUUCCAGGCAGUUUACUCGGCCGUGUGCACUGUUACGAAGGCUUCCCUCUAUGGCAUAUAGCUCUACCAGUUAGAGUGAUGAAACUACUUGGUAUCAGGAACAUUAUUAUAACAAACGCAGUUGGGGCUCUUAAUCCAUUAUAUCAGGUUGGAGAUUUAAUGCUGGUUAAAGACCAUAUCAACAUGUUUGGUUUGGGUGGGCAAAGUCCUCUGCAAGGUCCAAAUGAUGAAUAUUUUGGACCUCGCUUCUUUGAUGUAAAUCAACUGUAUUCAGAUAGAUGGAGGCAUCUUGCUAGGGAGGCGGCAAAAGAGGUUGAGUUCUGUAGGAGUAUACAUGAUGGAGUUCUAACUAUAGCUGGAGGUCCUAACUAUGAGAGUGUUGCAGAGCUUAAAAUGUUGUCAAUGUUGGGAGCAGACUGCGUAGGUAUGAGCUCUAUUCCAGAGAGUUUAGUUGCUCAUCAUUGUGGAAUUCAAGUUUUAGCUUUCUCUUUAGUAACAAAUCUGUGUACCUUUGAAUAUUCCAGUAAUCAACCACCAAACCAUGAGGAAGUUUUGGAGGUUGCAAACCAGUGCAAAGACGAUCUCAAGAAGUUUGUAUCUGCUCUUGUUAAAAAGAUAUCCUUGAACCUGGAUAAGACCACUAUUAAUGGAAACCAUAAAUAAAAAUGGAAAAUCAAAUAAUUGUAAAAUUACUUAUAUUUCAUAAUUACAACUCUUGAUACUUUUCACCUCUACAUUUACAUUUGAACGCACAGUUUAUGGCAUUUAUCAUUGGAAGCAUAUAUUUUGUAUUUUUUUUCCUAUGCAUUUGUAUAACCUAUUGAAAUAUAUUACAUAAUCAUAA